GUUGAAGUAUAUAAAAGGGGGUUGACCAGUACUUGGCGUGUCUAUCGCGUGUUGCCAGGAUGCCUAAGCACACCAAAAAGGUGGGAAUUGUCGGGAAGUAUGGUACUCGUUAUGGCUCGUCUCUUCGAAAACAAAUGAAGAAGUAUGAAACCACACAACACGGCCGUUUCACUUGCCAAUUUUGUGGUAAAGAUUGUGUUAAAAGGAAGGCGGUUGGGAUCUGGAGUUGCAAAGCUUGUCGUAAAACAAUCGCUGGCGGUGCCUACGUUGUAACCACAAAUUCGGGAAAUACAGUUCGCGGGACUAUCAGACGCCUUCGGGAGUUACAAGAAAGUUAACUGGGCACUCGUUAGAAAUAUUUACGAUGCAACCUUGCAUUUUAGUUAUUGUUUUUCAAUAAAAAUUUUAUACUUUA